UCUCCGCAGGGGGGGGGGAGACCCUCUUCGUCCCGUUGCAAUGGCUGCUGUGAGUGGCGGGGACACGCCGGGAGGGGGGGCUGGAGCCGCGGCCAACGCGUCCGCGCCAUCCUCCAGCCCGGCGCCGGGCACGGCCGCCCGGGGCUGCGAGAACGGCGCCCUGAUGGACAGCUUCGGGAUCUUCCUGCAGGGCCUGCUGGCCGUGGUGGCGUUCAGCACGCUCAUGUUAAAGCGCUUCAGGGAGCCCAAACACGAACGCAGACCCUGGAAGAUUUGGUUCCUGGACACCUCAAAGCAAGCGAUCGGCAUGCUCUUCAUCCACUUCGCCAAUGUCUAUUUGUCGGACCUUACAGAAGAGGAUCCCUGCUCGCUAUAUCUCAUUAACUUCCUGUUGGAUGCCUCCCUGGGCAUGUUGCUCAUAUACGCAGGAGUAAAGGCCGUCAGUGCUAUAGUUGAAUGGAGACAGUGGGACUCUCUGCGUUUUGGGGAAUAUGGAGAGCCAGUGCAGUGCACUGCAUGGUUUGGCCAGUGUGUCCUCUACAUCCUCAUCAUGAUGUUUGAGAAGGUUCUGAUGAUGUUGGUCCUUCUUAUCCCCCAGUGGAAGAAGCUGGCUCUGCUGAAUCCCAUAGAGAAUCCUGACCUGGAACUGGCCAUCGUCAUGCUCAUUGUCCCGUUCUUCGUCAACGCCCUCAUGUUCUGGGUGGUAGAUAACUUCCUAAUGAAGAAGCACAGGACAAAAGCAAAGCUGGAGGAGAGAGAUGAGGACUCUCGGGGGAACGGCAAAGUUCGCUACCGACGAGCGCUUUCUCACGAUGACUCGGAGUCAGAGAUCCUUUUCUCCGCAGACGAUGAGAUGGACGAGUCGGAUGAGGACGACGUCCGUCGACUCACUGGGCUGAAGACGGUGAAAAAGAAAAAGCUUCGUAUGGGAAUCCCUUCGGGCGAGGUGAAAAAGAAGAAGCGGCCGCCGAUGAAAGAGGAGGACUUGAAAGGCGCUCGCAGCAAACUUGGCCUGAAGGGCGAGGUCAAAAGUAAGACCUAUGAGGUCAUGGUGGAGUGUGAGCGCAUGGGGAAGGCGGCGCCAUCUGUGUUCAGCGGCGUGAGGACAGGAACGGAGACGGUUCUUGCCAAGCCUGCCGCUCCCAAAGAUCCUUCAGCUAGUGUGUUCAGCAAGUAGCCACGGAAGUAAAGGAAGCAGCACUAAAAGAGAGAACAGCCGUUGCAGUUUUUUAUUUCUCUAACUUAGAUGGCAAUAAAUGUAAAGCGUAUGAGUGAAUAUUUGUGAAAUAUGAGAGGGAUGAAUAAGCUUGUUUUGUUCAAAUAGUGUAUUUUGAUAUAAAUGUUUAUGCUCUUAUGUGCUUUUUUGUAUUUGCCUGUCUGCCAGAAUGACUUAUUUUAUGUUAAAAUGCAGUUCAGAUUUGUGAAUUUUAAAAAGAGGCGUUACUGUUCUGUAUGCUGUUCUGUGCUCUUUUUGUAUAUGCCAGUUUAAUUAUUUUCUUUGUCAUCAUGCAGAAGGCAUGUGCCGGUAUUAUGUUUUUACCAUAUAAAAACCAUGGAUAAAAAUCCUAGUUUCAUGGUAUGACCGUAGUAACGCAAAAUUGUUUAACUAAAAUAUGAAAUAACAGCACAUUUUAUUAAUCCUAAAGUAAUAAAGCACAUAGAUUAUUAAAAUUAUGUUAUUUGUCA